AUCGUCCCGGGCAUCAUCACCAUCCUCCGCGCUGCGCCGUAUCGCGGAGCUCCACCCCUCGACCGCGGUCGAUCGCCGUCCGUACGGAGGGGGCAUCACUCCUCCCGGCUCUGCGGAUGCGGUCUCCAUGACGACGACCAAUGGCAGCGCUCCGCGGCUCCGUGGGCGUGUCCGGCUGUCGUCAGCCGCCGUCGGCUGUGGGGCGCGCUUUUAUAAGACUCGCGCGGGCGCAUUGGGCGCGAUAACUUCGUUAGUCAUUGCUCGUUAGUCAGGGCCCCAAGGCUGGCCGCAGCGCUGGACGGUCGGUUCCAGCUGUGGAGCAGCGCCAUGGCGGCGGCUGCCGCCGCCGUGGCCGCCGAGGAUCCGCGGCUCCAGGCGCCGGCGGUCGGCGAUGAACGCCUCGGCGGCGGCGGCGGAGUCGUCUCGCACGCCGGCGGCCAGCAGGACUGCGGCGGCGACAAGCGAAAGGUCGAGCUGGCGUCGCCGCUGUACGCGCUGCAGGAGCCCAGGCACCGAGACGGACAGCUCCAAGGACAGGGAGAUGGCGGCGCCUUCAAGAAGCUCAAGCUGGAGCCCGGCGUGUCCGAUCUGGGCCUGUCGUCGUGUGGCGGCGGUGUGCUGUCCACCACGUGUAGUCCCACGACGCCCGCGAGGCGGCGCCACCGGACCACCUUCACCCAGGAGCAGCUGCAGGAGCUCGAGGCGGCAUUCGCCAAGAGCCACUACCCGGACAUCUACUGCCGCGAGGAGCUGGCACGCAUCACCAAGCUCAACGAAGCGCGCAUUCAGGUGUGGUUCCAGAACCGGCGCGCCAAGUACCGCAAGCAGGAGAAGCAGCUGCAGAAGGCCCUGGCCGCGCCGGCGGCGCUGCCGCCCGCGGCCUGCAACGGCAUGAUGCGCGGCGUGUACGGCCCUCCGCGCACGAGCUCGUACGCGGCCUACGCCGCCGCAGCAGCGCACCCGCACCCGGCGGCACGGUACCCGGCGUACAGCGCCGCCACGUCACAGCCCUUCGGACACCAGCCCGGGGCGGCGGCGGCGGCCACGUCGCCCGAGGAGGACUGGUACCAGCGCGGCUUCUCGGCCCUCAGGGCGCCGCCCGCCUCCGUGUCCCAGCAUCCGGUCUACCACAGCUAGGCACCGCCGGCGCUGCCCUGCGCUCGCGCUGCCCAGAACGCGAGCCGGUCGCCGCUGGCGCGCGCGCACCGACUUCUCGACCCAGGGAACACCCCACGUGUCGCGUCUUGUGUAUAGCUUCCACAUUGGUGGCGAUUUCACCACUGAGCUGCUGCUGCACGGUGCUUGGCUUUCUGACAACUGCGAUUCUCGCUGGCGUGAAAUCGGGCAUUUCUUUUGUUUCGUUUUCAAUUCUUUAGCGGUUGGACUAUACCCAUUCAGCUAACCAGGAAGCUAGCAAUUGGCAGCACGAGGGCGAAUUAGCCAAUAUUUCGAAGCACAUGGACUCAUUCCAUGUGCUUCUCAGUCCAUGUGCUGCGAGUUGGCUAAUUCGUCCUCGCGCUGCCAAUUGCUAGCUUCCUGGUUAGCUGAAUUGGUAGAGCGACCGGCCCGGAAAGGCGUUGGUCCCGGGUUCGAUCCCCGGACCAAGACGAAUUUUUCUUCACCUAGAAGCUUUCCUUUGUGAGAAAUCGGUGUGCAUUUCCUUGCGGCUUCGUCUACAAGCAGGUGGUUGUCAAUUACGCCUUUUACAACCCAUCCGCUGCCUUGCCGAAUUCCGCAGAACUCAUUUGCAAUUGCAUUUCAGCGAUACGCAUAUCUUCAACGGGGCCGGCCCUGGGUCGAGCAGUGGCGACCGGCACACCGAGUCGCAGCGCGAGCGCAGAGCCGCCGCCGUUCUUUGGUGGACGACGUCACAAAAUGUCACGCACACGUUAACAACGAGCGCCACACCCGUACCGUUCCGCGGGGGACGACGCAAUGCGGGCGACGCCCGCACCGCCGAGCAGACCACGACCGCCCGAUGCACGGUCCGACAUUACAUACACCGCCGUCACCGCCGCUGAGCUGCGCCAAAAUAUGAACACGCCUGCCGGUCACCUGCAGCUGCCGUCACCGCUCGCCAACCGCCACACAUCUCGUAUACGCGCAUCGCGUGCAGCCUGCGGCGAUUCGGAGUGGACGGCUGGGCUAAUUAACUCAGGGACACGAACGCGGAUGCCAAAUACGAAACAAUUUUGUUACACUUAGAAGGCACAGACAAAAUGGGAGGGGGGGGGGGGUAGAUAAUACGGUUUCAUCUUAGAAUAAGUGGCAAAAAAAAUAAUAAAGGCCGAACGCGACUUCAGCACCGCCGCUAAGACCUACGUGAUGGUGUUUCUAUGACACGCGGAAACGGCCCUAGAAUGUCGCUACAUUAAUCGUGGAGUGCAAAUAUUUACACACUCUGCGCUGUAUAACGAUUUAGCCUGAAGGAGCAAGCCCUCUCCUGG